UCUUACAAGACUUCAUCCGGCUAUUUGCAUCUGCAUCUACAUCAUCCGCCCCCCAUUCUCAACUUUGCGGGGAGAACAAUAAUACUAACUAUGUAACUAACAAAAGAACCGAUUCGGUUAAUAUGGAAGAAUAACCGAAUGAAAGAAAUAACAUCCCGACUUCAGAUCGAUCGAAGAUUCAUCGAAAUGAAUAGAAGAUGGCGUCGCUGCGUCCUAUGAUUCGGCUUGCUCGUUGGCGGACACCAAUUCCCGCCUCAUCUGCUCUUCUUCGUCUUCAACAUUCACGACCACGAUGCUUCGCCACAGCUUCCGACAUAAGAAACCCGGACGCCGCCGCGCAACAGCAACAACCGCGUUCCGAUAAUCGAGUGCGGAUUGUCGAAGUCGGGCCCAGAGACGGUUUGCAGAAUGAGAAAAAGUCUAUUCCCUUGGCCACCAAGAUCGAAUUGAUCGAGAGGUUGGCGAAGACGGGUGUGUCGUUUAUAGAAGCUGGGUCUUUCGUAUCCCCGAAAUGGGUGCCUCAGAUGGACAACUCCAGCGAGAUCCUCUCCCACAUCCUCACCUCCCCACCCCCCUCUCCCCGCCCCAUCACCUACUCCUUCCUCGCGCCCAACGCCAAAGGUCUCGAGAACGCCACCGCCCUACUACAAAAACACCCGAACACCUACCUCACGCAGGCCGAGUCCUUCUCCAACGCCCACCCCGGCCGCCCCGCCCUCGAACUCGCCGUCUUCGCCGCCGCAACCGAGACCUUCUCACACAAAAACCUCAACUGCUCGAUCGCGACCUCGCUCUCGCGCUUCCAGCCCGUGAUCCAGGGCGCCAAGCAGCUCGGCCUGCGCGCGCGCGCCUACAUCUCCGUCGUGCUCGGCUGUCCCUUCGAAGGGUACGACGUGAACCCGCACAAGGUCGCCGAGAUCGCGACCUCCCUGCUAGAGAUGGGGGCCGACGAGAUCUCCCUCGGCGACACGACGGGCUUGGGGACCGCGCCGCGGACCCAGGAGCUGCUGCGCUGCGUCGCCGCCGCGGGCAUCCGCAACGAGGACGUCGCGAUGCACUUCCACGACACGUACGGCCAGGCCCUCGUGAACACGGCCAUCGCCCUCGAGCGCGGCAUCCGCACCUUCGACUCCUCCGUCGCCGGGCUAGGCGGCUGCCCGUACAGUCCCGGCGCAACGGGCAACGUCGCCACCGAGAACAUGGUCUACUUCCUCGAGAGCCUCGGCAUGGACACCGGUGUUGAUCUCGACGCUGUCGCUGACGUCGGACACUGGAUCUCCGGGGAGCUGGGGCGGCCGAACGACUCGGCCGCGGGGAAGGCGGUGCUGGGGGCGCGGAAGGCUAACGCUCAGCUAAAUGAGUAAAUAAUACGAUGCUUGGGAUAGUCCUGCGUCUUCUACCCCCCUACCUACGGUAUUUAGGUUAGGUAGUUAUGUGCGUACCUGCAUGUAAGGGUAAUGCUAGAAAAGACGAGGAAACAUGAAAGAGGUGAUCAUGAAUGUGUACUGCAUCCUAGGUAACCUACUUACCUACCUACCUACCUAACGUAUACAUCCUCGCCCAGGC